CACACAUCAGGUUCAAAAACAUGACAGCCUUUAUCGCGCCAUUACGAAUAUUAUAUAACUAUCUCUUGACUGUAUAAUUUUUAUAAAUCUUCGCAUAUAUAUCUCAUUCGUGGACUUAUUCUAUGCAAUCGUAACUGAGACUACGCCAAGUUCUUACCAACACAGCAUCAUGGCUAGCAACGUAUGGUUCAUCACAGGAGCAAGCAGCGGCUUUGGCCGUGCUAUCGGCUUCGAAGCUCUGAAGCGAGGUGACAAAGUAGUUGCCACAUCGCGUAAUCUGGGCAAGAUGGCGGACCUCAAGGAAGCCGGUGCCUUAGUCCUGGCUCUGGAUGUGACUUCCGAUGAUGCGUCCAUCCAAGCCGUAUUCCAGAAGGCUAUCGAUACCUACGGCAAAGUCACGUACUGUAUCAAUGCGGCAGGGUAUGCCUGGGAAGGUUCUGCUGAAGAAGCUUCGGCUCAGGAAGUAUUCAACCAGUUCAACACCAAUGUCCUUGGUCUCAUAAACAUAACACGCCACGCGCUCCACCAUAUGCGCCCUCGCCGGCAGGGAGUGAUCGCCAACUUCGGCAGUGUGACCAGCUGGCAAGGCAUUCCCGGAAUAAGCUACUACUCCUCGACCAAGUUCGCCGUGACCGGGUUUACGGAGACGGUUCAUCAGGAGGUCAGCUCGUUCGGGAUUUCAGCCGUCGUUAUCGAGCCUGGAUUCUUCCGGACGGCAAUACUCAACGAUGCCGGUAGCAACCGCAUCCGGGCUGCGAGGCCCCUGACGGAGGAGUACAGGAACACGCCUGUGAAUGAGACUCGGAACCAGUUCAAUAUUUGCGACAACCACCAGCCUGGUGAUGUUCUUAAAGGCGCCAAAGUAAUUGUUGAUGUGUUGACGCAGACGGGAGUCGCAGAGGGUAAAAAGAUCCCUCUGAGACUCGUGCUCGGCCGCGAUGCAUUCGAAUCAAUUAAGGAUAAGAUUCACAGCACCGAGGUAUUGAUUAAGGAGUGGGAGGAUAUCAUUGUUAGCACAGAUCACGACGAUGUCAAACAAUGAAGAUGACGUUGUGAUCCCAUAGUCUACUAACUAAGCCUCCUUUGGGUAGU